AUGGGUGGGGCGGUGCCGCCGAUGGUGGGCGCCGAUCCACUUCCGCCUGCUGGCUCCCCGAGCAGCGAACCGGAAACGGAAACUGCACCUGCACCUGUCGUCGCACCUAAUCCGGAUACUCCACCGCCUCCUCCUCCUUGUGCCUGUGCUGCUGAAGCUGAUGAUGAUGUUGAUGCGAUAAGUGGCCCACCUGCCGCGCUGAUGGACAGUCGUCCGCGAUUAGUGGUGGCUAUUCCCACGCCGGAGGCUGUUGCACCUGCACCAGCUGCUAUUGCACCGCCACCACCCACACCGCCCUGGCCAUUAAAAUUCGAGUCCAACCAAGCCAAUGCCACCGCCGCCGCCCACGGACACCUUGCGCUGUGGCAAGUUAAUGUCGAGCACCGUGCUGGCGCUGCGCUGUCGUACCGCUCCCGCACCUGCCACGCCUCCCACAGCAGCCGCUCCUGCUCCCGCCACGCCGACGCCCCCACCGCCCACUCCGACGAACUGCUGCUGCUGCUGCUGCUGGCCACUCCUGGCCGGUGA